GUGAAAUUUUCAUGGCAUUAUGUGGGCUCUUCCGUCAAACUAGAGCUAAUUAUUACAAGUUAUCAAUUGUUGUUUCCAACAAACAUAUUAUUAUUUUUUUGAAAUUUGAAAAAAAUUAAGGAUAACCUUCGACUGUUAUUGGCUGACCAGUCGCACGUUCUCUGUAAUUUUUUCGCCGGGAUACUAUUCAAAAUUUUAAGGUUCUGUCGGUGGUACGAUUUGUUUGUCCUUCUGAGUCGGUGUCUUACCUGUAAAGUGCUUUUUUUUACGAUGGAGAGCAUAAUCGUUGAUUAUAACUUUGAUUAAUCUUGAAUGAUAGCUUUUAUUAUUAAAAAAGAACAAUAUAUUGGUGUAUUUUAAAUGACGUAGCAUCGUUGUGCAUUGAGUGCACGCUGAACUUUUUUAGACUAGAAUUAUUGCUGUUCCUUCUAGAAACAAUACCCACUUAUCCUUAAGAAAUUCUGUCACUUUUCAUAUUUCCUUCACCGCGUUCCCCAUGCAGUGAUACUGUAUUUUAUUGGACAAACCAAUGCAAAUUUAAAGCACAAUUUAUUCAUCCAUAUGAUUACACAACAUUUAUGCAUUACAGCUUGCGUUAGUUCGUGAUGAAAACCCUUUUUAGUUCCUGACCCUAAAUUCUAUCUUUAAAUCCCCGUUUUCCCCCAUACUCAUUCAUAACCCUCCUUUGACCCUAGUAAGUAGGUGCGUUGUCUCAAGGUCUCUUCAGCGUCGCUGAAAUGUCCAUUAAUUAUAAAGCCACCUCCCAUGCUACUAGGUGUAAACGUUAUUGAGAUGUUUUUGGCUCUAAAGUUCCUCAACGGUUUGAUGUGGUUAUUAUGCAGAACAAUUGGUGAGCUGUGUAGGGUUCUCCCUCUAGCAUUACGAUGGAUAAUACUCAGUCCUCUGUUUUGCACCACCGUAGAUUUCCAGUUUAGUGGUAGAUCAUAUAGUCUAUGUUUUUAUUUUUUUCCAUCUGAAACUGACUCGGAAACCUCUAAAAUACCAAAGAACCAAAACAAAAUAUUCUACGUUCUGAUAUAUUUUUGUCAGUAAAUCACAAAUCACUAGGAGUUAGUACUGCAGCACUUGCGAUUGGCAUGUCAUUCUGAUUCCUUCAAAAUGAUAUUGGACCUUCGUAAGACCGCGACUCUCAAGGAUUACUAUCGGUUAAAUGAUUUAUCUGUAAUAAAUGAAUUUAUACACUCACAUCCAGCAUUCGGUUUGUCAUACUUAAUGCUCCAUAACAAUUAACACUAGUUUGAAUAGGAGUUCACUGUUGGUUCUAAGUUCGUCGUGUUCCACUCUGGGGAGCUUAGAUAGAAAUUCGUUUGUGUCCUGACAGCAGUUUCUUGGGACUAAGGAGAAAUUACCGUUGGACUGAUUUUAAAAUAAAGGUCUUGUUGUGUGCAAUGGAUUUACCAUCUUGCCUCUUGUUUUAUAACAUGUACUUACGAACACAUGUUCAUCCUUUGGAAUGAGCAAGCCGGUAAUGGUUGUGGCGAAUUUAUUACUUUGAAUAAAUGCGUAAAUAGUUGGUGGUCUUGGGUGUUUUCAAGAGUAUACUCAGUCUCACUAUGAUCGCUGCUACAUUUUUUCCAUUUCUUUACCACUCACCUUUUUUAAAAUCAACCUGUUUGCGAAAAUGUUGUAGGUGGACUUGAAAUAACGCAUAUGUCCCAGGUUUUUUGUGUUUGUGCUUGUAAGUUGGGAUCUUUGUAAUCAUAUCUCGCUGUCAUAGUUUUUUUUCGAACAGAUGCACUUAGUGCCAACCUCAUCCUUAUUCAUUGACACAAAUGGCGAUGAUUGUAUAUUUUAUGAUUUGACCAAUUCAGGCAGAAACCACAUUUAUCUCUUCGUUCGAGACUUCUAAAGAAAUCAUUUUCCUGUUGUGUUCGGAAAACACAUUGUUAUUGCUAUUACUAGCGUAACCUAUAAUUUGUGGCAUUUUUAUUAGAUUUCGUGAUAUAAAUCUUUCUGUGAUUUCAUUUUAGGUACUUCUGUUGACUUAUCUAUAGUAAGGUAUCGAUUAUAAUGGAAGCUUUCCUUACUGGAUUCAAACAAAAGCCCCAAGAUGGCAAACGACGCAUAAAAAGUCAAAAACACAUCCCUUGGGUUGAAAAAUAUCGACCAAAAACAAUAGAUGAAGUAGCUUAUCAAACAGAAGUUGUUAGCGUUCUUCAAAGGUGUAUUGAAGGAUCUGAUUUGCCAAAUUUACUGUUUUAUGGACCACCAGGAACUGGAAAAACGUCUUUGAUUUUGGCUUUAGCUCGUCAACUUUUUGGUACUGAACAUAGGACCUCCAUGGUAGUAAUUAGCCUGGUUCUUUAUUUCGACAUUAUUACGCCUCAUUAUUUUGCUGAGAUUAAAAGUUGUAACUAAUAUGGACAUAAUUGUUAUUGUGGAGUGGUUAAAAGCUAAUGCAUUGAGUAUGUUUUAUUUCACUUUUGAGAUUUCUAAGAGUUUAUGCAAUAUUCUUGUUACUUUGCUAAAUACCAAGUUCUUAAAACCAUUUGUUUUAUUUCGUUUUUAACUGUUUGGGAAAGUGAUUGUGACGAUUUUUCUAUGAUCCACGUAAACCAAUAGUGACUGACCAGUUGUAGUCCUUAACAUCGAUAACUGGAAGAUUCGAACAAAAACGAAAUAAAAUUCAUCGCCGUUGCAUGGAUCAAUAGCUAUCUGGACUCAGUGGUUAAGUGGAUGAUGCGUUGGGUUUUUAAAGUGAAGGGCACUGGGUUUGAGUUUCGGAGUAGACGCUAACGUGGAUGCAGGCACAUCCAACCGACAUGUCACAAAUAGGAUCAGUCAUACCUUAUGGAUUCAACUGCUAAUCAUUAUCCAAACAUUUGUUUUAGCUUUACAUUGUUAACUGAUAUGCAAUUAUUAGUAGUUAUCCAGACCAAAUACUUCGUAUUGUAUAUCUACAGCAUCGGGUUUAUGAAUCGUUUCCUACCAACCUAAUGGUAAGAAAACUUUUUAAAUUUCUCGUUAGCGAUAGCAAUAUUAAGAUGAUAAGAACAAGAGUGAUGCUAGUAAAAUCACUUACUAGUUUCAUUCUUUAUGUUCUACCAAAUUCUAAUCUUCUGAAUUCUUCAUGUCCCUUUCUUUUUUCUCUUUCCAAAUUUAUUUCACUGGAUUAUACUCUUUGAAUAACAUCUUCAAACCCUAAUCUAUCCGAUUACUGCUUAUACUCUUACCGCCUCUAUCACUACGGGAUUUGAAUCGACAACUGCAUCUCUGUACUAAUGUGGUAUGGCAACUUGAACUGAUGUACGUACGUACGAAGUUCUACGUUGUUACUGACUGACUGACUUCAUCACAUAGGUUGUUUACAAAGCGAAGAUGUUCACAUCAAAAUAAUAAGCGACUACGGUCAUAAUUUACACGUAAUAUUGUCCUAAAUGUUCGAGUUCUCUUAUCUUUGUGUAUUAUUUAAGGGUAUUAAUAAACCAAUUAUCAUGUUGUAAACAAAUCACCUUAUAAUCGUCCAAUCUAACUCCAAUUUCGAUGAACGUGUAAAUAUGCUAUGAACAUAAAUCUUCCAUUUAACUCCGUAUAUAUCUCUAUAUCACUGAGCCGAUAUUCAACGGUGUUCAUGUCUAACUUCAAUCGAUUCAUGAUCUUGCACAACCGUUUUUUUCUUUUCGACAUAAUCGUAUUUUCUCCAAGUCUCAAGUAUUUUAUCCUUUGUUUUCUCUGAUGAACUAUCUUCUUUUCUUUUCAAGCCCUUUGUAUUCAGAACGUGUUUUAGAAUUGAAUGCGAGCGAUGAACGUGGGAUCAGUGUUAUUCGAGAAAAAGUGAAGGCUUUUGCUCACAUCGCUGUUAGUAGUAGUACUAAUAGCUCUGGUUCAAGUUCAACUAAUAUACCACCAUAUAAAUUAAUAAUCUUAGAUGAAGCUGAUUCUAUGACAGCACCUGCACAAGCUGCUCUACGUCGUACAAUGGAGACUGAAAUGAGAACUACACGAUUUUGUUUAACUUGUAAUUAUGUUACACGAAUUAUUGAACCAAUCACAAGUCGAUGUGCAAAGUUUAGAUUUCGUCCAUUGGAUAAUGGAAUUGCUCGUGCUCGUUUACGUCACAUUGCAGAUGCAGAAAAUUUAUCCAUUACUAAUGAGACAUUGGAUCAUUUACUGUCACUUUGUCAUGGUGAUUUACGGCAAGGUAUCACAAUGUUACAGUGUGUUCAUCAGUUAAUUAUAUCCGUUGAUGAUUCCGAUGUCGGUUGUCGUUCUUCGAUUACCUCAAAAGAAUUAGAUGAGGCUGCAGCUGUUGUUCCGAGUGAUAUAAUUAAAAAUCUUAUUAAAACAUCAGAAAAUGGUAGUUUCGAUGAUUUACAAAUCAUUAUCAAAAAUUUAUUAUUGGAAGGUUAUUCAGCACAUCGGACCACUUAUCAACUGCACGAACAUAUAAUCAAUGACGAUAAACUAUCCUGUAUUCAAAAAGCAUCUAUUUUGGAAUCUCUUGCCGUUGCUGAUUCUCGACUAAUUGAUGGAGCUGAUGAAUAUUUACAACUUCUAGCCGUCGGAGGGACUCUACUUAAAACUAUCCAAUCAAAUUAAAAGAUGUAUUUAUCUUUAUAUAAUGCUCUUUUUCUUUUUAAAAAAAGAAUUUAACAAGUACUGUAUGAUGAUGAAUAAAUAUUUCAGAAAUACUAUCACUUAUAUCUUUAACAAUCGGUUUUGUUUAGCUUAUAGCUUUUGCACCAUGUGAUUUGUUUAAGUAAUAGAAAUUACAUGUGUUAACAUUUUAUAGACAGUUUUCAG